CAUCGAUCCCUAAAGCGUUCGUAAUAAGCCGUGUGUAUUAGGUGGAACGUUCGAGUGAAGAUCUCUGAGUUCCGAGUCCAUCUCUGCGUAAAUUAACAGAUCUGCACUAGAAGUUUCAGAGUAAGUCACAAUGUCGGACGAAGCACAUAGGAGAAUGAAUUUGGCCUUUGGCGGAGGGAUAUUUCUCGGAACGUACCAGUUAGGCGUCGCUAAAGCGUUUUACAAUAAUGGCCAGGCGUUACUGGAUCACGUGGAGUGCUACAGUGGAGUGUCCAGUGGCGUUAUUGCUGCUGCUCUAUUGCUGUUAUGUCCGGAUAAAAUAGGGGAGUACAUCGCACACGCUAAGGUGCUAGCCGAUGAAAUCCGAAAACGAGGCGGGCUCAGCCCGGAACUGAAACCAUCUCUGGCAGACAGACUCAAGAAAGUACUGGUGUCGAUUUUGCCGGAGGACGCGUACCAAAAGGCGACGGGCAGGCUGUGUAUCACAGCAACGCCUUUCAAAAAGAUGAAACACGACUACACUAUGCCGGUGUACUGGGGUGAUGGCACGUCGUGGAUGAGGUAUGGUCUUUCCAAGGGGACUACGGCGCUGGAUAUUUUUAAGAAGUUGACAGUAUUCCCUGAAAAUAAACUACAUCCUAUCACAGAGUAUAAAGACAACGAGUAUCUAAUUAAUGCAAUUAUUGGUGCAACGUACAUUCCUCUUUGGGGAGGCCCAGAAUUUCCGGAAUUUGAUGACUUGUGUUGGAUGGACGCUGGCUUCACGAACAACCUUCCACGAACAGACUGUUUUUCCAACGACUACAAAACCAUAUCUAUAUCACCGUACAUGGGGGAUAACCUGUCCAUCUGUCCAGCCAAAAACAUCAACGGUGUCGAGCGCGACCCGACAUUCUUCACAGGCCAACCUCUCGACUGGAGUAUUUGGAACCUGACCCGAGCAAAGGACGCCCUCUACCCACAGUCAGGCGAGACGUUGCAUGAAUACUACGAGUACGGUUUCUUCGAUACGGACAGAUUCUUAAGACGUCUUGUCAGAGAUUAGGCGUACAUGUAGUUAUGAGUGUCAAAAUUAUUUGUGCAAUUGUACAUGUAUAAGUGGUUAUAUUCUACAAAAACGAACUAAAAUACGUUUGGCACGCCAUUGUGCCUGGUCGUUGUGUCAUUUCAUAUUCCGAUGUUCAUCUCAGACAACAAAAGCAGCGACAUGUUACAUCGAUGGACGAUAGAUAUUUAUUACAAAAUUGUUUCACGUCUUAUCAGUCAAACAAGCAUUUCCAAUAACAGUCGUUGAGGGCAGUCAUUAGAAAUUCCCUUCAAGUCCAAUGGAAUUAUAUAUGUCUCGCGUAUUCUCAAACAUUUUUUUUUUCAAAUACUGUUCACAGCCAUGCUAGAGGCGCCGUCCAAUAUUAAUCCGUCCAUUGCAUGAGAAUUCUUUUCAAUCUAAGAUACGAUAUUCCCUUGUUAUAACAACAAAAAUAAAUUCGCCAGGAAAGUUUCUCACCAAA